GGGCGGAAGUAGCGGUGCAUUGUGGGUUAGUCUAGAGUUGAGCGGAAUGAAAGUGGCGCGCGGUCGCUGACAGUAGCCCGGGUCGGGGCUGCUCGGGUUCGGACGCUGGCCGGGAUUCGGGUGCCUCGGACCUCGGGUGCAGAGCGAACCGCGAGGAGGCGGCGGCGGAGGCGCGGCGAGCGUUGGUGGAGGGGGCGGCUGUGCGCGGCCCCAAGACAUGGCUCACAACAAGAUCCCGCCGCGGUGGCUGAACUGUCCACGGCGAGGCCAGCCGGUAGCAGGAAGAUUCUUACCUCUGAAGACAAUGUUGGGACCAAGAUACGACAGUCAAGUUGCUGAAGAAAAUCGGUUCCACCCCAGUAUGCUGUCGAAUUAUCUAAAGAGUCUGAAGGUUAAAAUGGGCUUGUUGGUAGACCUGACAAAUACUUCAAGGUUCUAUGACAGAAAUGACAUAGAGAAAGAAGGAAUCAAAUAUAUAAAACUUCAGUGUAAAGGACAUGGUGAGUGUCCUACAACGGAGAAUACUGAGACAUUUAUUCGUCUCUGUGAGCGGUUCAAUGAGAGAAACCCACCUGAACUUAUAGGUGUUCAUUGUACCCAUGGUUUUAAUCGCACUGGUUUCCUCAUAUGUGCCUUCUUGGUGGAGAAAAUGGAUUGGAGUAUUGAAGCAGCAGUUGCUACUUUUGCUCAAGCCAGACCACCAGGAAUUUAUAAGGGUGAUUAUUUGAAAGAACUUUUUCGCCGCUAUGGUGAUAUAGAGGAAGCACCACCCCCACCUCUAUUGCCAGAUUGGUGUUUUGAGGAUGAUGAAGAUGAAGAUGAGGAAGAAGAUGGAAAAAAGGAAUCAGAACCUGGGUCAAGUGCCUCCUUUGGCAAAAGGAGAAAAGAACGAUUAAAACUGGGUGCUAUUUUCUUGGAAGGCGUAACUGUGAAAGGUGUAACUCAAGUAACUACUCAACCAAAGUUAGGAGAAGUACAGCAGAAAUGUCAUCAAUUCUGUGGCUGGGAAGGGUCUGGAUUCCCUGGAGCACAGCCCGUUUCCAUGGACAAGCAAAAUAUUAAACUUUUGGAGCAGAAGCCAUAUAAAGUAAGCUGGAAAGCAGAUGGUACUCGGUAUAUGAUGUUGAUUGAUGGCACAAAUGAAGUUUUUAUGAUUGAUAGGGAUAAUUCAGUGUUUCAUGUUUCAAAUUUGGAAUUUCCAUUUCGUAAAGAUCUCCGUAUACAUUUAUCAAACACUCUUUUAGAUGGGGAAAUGAUUAUUGACAGAGUAAAUGGACUGGCUGUUCCUAGAUAUUUGAUAUAUGACAUAAUUAAAUUCAAUGCACAACCAGUUGGAGAUUGUGAUUUUAAUAUUCGUCUGCAAUGUAUAGAACGAGAAAUAAUAAGUCCUCGACAUGAAAAGAUGAAGGCGGGACUCAUUGACAAAACACAGGAACCAUUUAGUGUCAGAAACAAGCCAUUUUUUGACAUCUAUACUUCAAGAAAGCUACUUGAAGGAAAUUUUGCCAAAGAAGUCAGCCAUGAAAUGGAUGGACUUAUUUUCCAGCCCACUGGUAAAUAUAAACCUGGUCGAUGUGAUGAUAUUUUGAAAUGGAAGCCCCCUAGUCUGAAUUCUGUUGAUUUUCGCCUAAAGAUAACGAGAAUGGGCGGAGAAGGGUUACUUCCUCAGAAUGUUGGCCUUCUCUAUGUUGGAGGUUAUGAAAGACCCUUUGCACAAAUCAAGGUGACAAAAGAGCUAAAACAGUAUGACAACAAAAUUAUAGAAUGCAAAUUCGAGAACAACAGCUGGGUCUUUAUGAGACAGAGAACAGACAAAAGUUUUCCUAAUGCCUACAACACUGCCAUGGCUGUGUGUAACAGCAUCUCAAACCCCGUCACCAAGGAGAUGCUGUUUGAGUUCAUCGACAGGUGUGUGGCAGCUUCUCAAGGACAGAAACGAAAGCAUCAUCCGGACCCGGAUGCAGAGCUGAUGCCCCCACCACCUCCCAAAAGACCUCGCCCUUUGACCUAAGCCCUGCCUCCGACUUCGGAUUGAGAGGAAACACGAGUGAGAAAAAAUGCUGUUGCCCCGUUUUUUUGCAGCCAGAGAAAUUCAAAGAGUAUGGCUUGAUGUUAAUACACAUUUGACUUUGACUUUUUUUUUUUUUUUAAAGGAAAGUAUUGUAGCCAGCCUGUAAAUAUUUGAUGCAUUUGUUUCCUCAGUGCUACAGUACACCAUGGACUUAAACAUUUUAUUUAUAUCUGAUAAACUCAGCCUUACCUUGUGGAAUAUGAAGAUUGAAAUAUCCAAAGGUUUAAACCAGAUCAAAAUCAAUGAAAAAGAGGCCUUGUUUAUAUAUAUGGAUAACUUUCGCUUUAAUUUAUAAAGUUAGCAAUCUGGAACUGUGAGCACAUAGAACACUGUAUUUUUUAGAAGUUGUAUUUCAACUAUGGAAAAUUUUCCUUUUAAAAAAUUUAGGCAAUGGCAUUAUACAUUCUUGCUAUCAUUUAUCAUGGAUUUCCUACAUUUCUGAAAUUCUUAUAUUCAAAAACAAAUGACAAGGUUGUUAAAUAGUGUACUAUAUCAAACAACUUGGUCUGGCUUAUAUCAUUUUAAGAAAUUGUUUCGGAAAUGUAAAAGUAAAAAAGUAAAGCUGCAUUUUUGUGACUCUCAUCCUUUCCACAAGAAGUAUAUUGAGUCUUUCCAUCUGUUUCUGUUCUUUGAACUGCAGGAUCAGAUAUCCAGCGUGUCCACUCUGGCAGUGGUCUUGAAUCACUUCAUAGAACUAAGAGAUAUACCACCCGACCUGUGUGUUCUGUUUUUCUUUCUUUCUUUAAUGCCAAGGCUCCUUCUGCUUUACCUCAGUGGUAUCAGCACAUCGUAAAUUGCUUUAAAACACACAACUCACUGUGAUUAUGGGAGUGAUAUCAAACACAAACAAUGUUGUAUUAGUUCCCUUGCACAAAACAACAAAGGAAAUGCCAGCAGACUCCUUUGAUUAGAAGGUAAUGUCAACGGAAGAGAAUGCUGUCACUGGAAAAUGCUCUCCCACUGCUAGAUAAAUGCAGAGGCAAAGACUAGACAUCUGUAGGAACCAAACAUCAAGGAAGCCAAGACAUUUAUUUUCAAAGCCAGAAUUCUAUCAUACUCUAUUCUGGGAGUGCUAUGUCUGUUGUACGUCUGAAUUUUAACGUUGACUGAUAGAUAAUGGAUUUAAAGAGUGGCUAAUUGGUCUUAUGCCAUUGUUGAGAAACCGUGUUUUGAUUCAUUUGUGAAGGAACUCUGAGAAUUAGCCUACUAGAGGCAAAUGUAUUUAUUUUUAGAGGUGCAAGUUUUAAGUCUGUGUAUUUAAAACAAACUUUUCAUGAUCUGAAUUUUAUAUGUCUAUGCAUAUAUAUGUGAGUAUAUGCAACAGUGUAUAUUCUUCUACUAAUGCAGUGAAACAUGAGCAUCCAAACGAGUCACCAGGUAGACAAAUAUCUGAUAGGAUUUCUAUAUGAAAUAGCACAGAGUAACCAAAAAUGUAUUUAUAUUCACCCAAGUUUUAAUGUUUUUAAAUAGUUUUCUCCCGUAGCGCUUUUCUGUAUGAAAUAUUAGAGUUGUGCUUGAGCUUCUUUAUUGUUCCCAAGUUAUGUAACAUAUAAUGAAUUUAUUCAAAAGGCAUUGGAGAAUUCCUUUCCUAGAGUGCUGCUUUUGUGCAUUCAAGUGCUACAGGGAUUGAAACAUCCGAUUGCCCCAGUGACUAUUGAGAGAUGGAAACUGGUCAAGGUUUCAUGGUGUCUUAUGCAAAGUGGAUCUAAAAAACCAGCUCUGCAACUCGAAAUGGUCGGACGCCUGCCUCACCAGGAUCAGUGGCUCUUUUCACACAGUGCGUUGCUUUCUUCUGAGUCUGUAUAAAGGCAGAAGCCUUUUGCAGAUGUAAGAGCAAACCUUUGUCAGAGAUCUUUAAUGGAGUUAAAAUGUUUAUGGUAAUUGUAACCUUUUAAAUGAGUUACGUGAAAAGAGCAUCUCAUUUUUAAUGCACCCAGAUAUUUUUUUUUCCUUGCCUUUGUGCAUUCUCCAGGCCUUAAUUUCCUUAAUUUAUCUCUUCCUUUCCAUUGUAGUGAAGUAUAAUGAGUAGAUCCCAUUUAGCCCCUGGAUGCAUUACCAUCUGCAGUAUCAUAAAAAGUCAUCUAAGGAAGUUAGGCGGGUGAAAUCUUGAGACAGGAUUUGAGGUGUCAUGAAGGAAACACUUCCUUUCUUAGCCCACUUCAUCAUAACUAUUUUCUGAUGCCUAGGUUGUGUAGAUGAGAAUAAGAAAACUUUCCUUUCUUGAGUUCUCAUAUAAAAAAGUGUUUGCUUUGUGUUUGGAAAAGAUGUGGCUGACUCGACUGCCUGGAUGGUUACAUUUGCUUUCCGUGAAAUGCUCAGAAAAUGUCAGGACAUUCCUUCUCUAAUUGUGUGUCAGUGCGCAUUGUAAUAAAACAACUGAUUUAAAAUAA